UCAGGUGUCCAUGUUUUACAGAGGAUGAGUGGCUGUGAAUGGGAUGAAGAGACUGGAGAGAUUAGGGGUUUUACUCAGUAUGGUUAUAAUGGAGAAGACUUCCUAGCAUUAGACCUGAAGACACAGACAUGGAUCGCUUCCACAUCUCAGGCUGUCAUCACCAAACUGAGAUGGGACGCUGACAAAGUUCGCAUAAAACGCAAUGAGAUGCACUUUACUCAGAUUCUCCCUGAGUGGCUGAAGCUGUAUAUUGAUUAUGGGAAAAGCUCUCUACUGAGAACAGUCCUCCCAUCAGUGUCUCUCCUCCAGAAGACCCCCUCCUCUCCAGUCAGCUGCCACGCUACAGGUUUCUCC